AUGAUGUUCUCAUACAAAUUUGGAAUCACGUUUGAACUCAAAGUUCGAAAGACUGACGCACAACAUUCUGAGCAUGAUACAAAAGGCUGUAAACUUUCAUAUGGGUCCAUAUUCACCUUCAUUAAAACGUCUCUCGGUGUCUUCUACCAGUUCUCGCAUUCUUUCGUCUCCUAUACGAAGAUCUUCCAAAGGGUGUCGAAGGGGUCUACGAUGCAGCUUAGCGUGUUCGAAUUGCUGAAGACUUCCAACGCCGAAUGUGCUUUUAUAUUUAUCGAAAACCAAUCUCGCGGCACUCCUCAUAUCUUCAUUCAGACUGCGGCCGCUGUCCAAGAAGCCUUUGAGUCUAGCGGGUCUCGAAUGAUUUAUACAGACUCUCCUACCAUCCUUGCAGAUCAAGUGUUAUGUGCAGAUCCAGCAGAGUUUAAUCGAAUCGCUCAGAAAAUGGCACGCGACUUAGAUACUACAGUGGUGUAUGCAGAUACACUUCUGUUAGCAGAACGGUUGAGAGAUGCUGCUCUCAAAAUU